AUGGGUAAUAAGAACCGCAGUAGGAAGGCGUCCAAGAGAGGAACUCCAUCCAAACCCGAUCUGGAUGUUGGUCAGCUCGCUAGUGUGCUGGUUACCUCUGGUGAGGCCGUUACAUCUGGUUCCUCAUCCGGCGUUGACUAUGGUUACGAUGGUGCGAGGCUUAAUGUCCAACUUAUGCAGGGGUCGACUCGCCGGGUGUUGGCUGCUCUUGGUGUUACGGCGUCACGGGAUCCGGUGUUGUUACGUCAAGCAAUGGAUUUCAUGAAGAGAGAGCCGCACUUUGCAGCCGCGGAAAAGCUCGUCGAGGCGGAUAAAGGGAGGUCCAUGGCGAAAUACUCGCAAGCUAUCCUCCAAGCCUUUGAAGUGGACCUCAAGGCCUUCGUAACUUCACAACAGGAAGCCUCCAUCGAACGGUCGGAGUCGGCCAGGAGAUUGUCGGUGUUAGCGGGAAUGAAAAAGGCGACUUCUGGAGGUGUCGCGAGGCGGCUCAUGAAAGGGAAGAUGAACUCGACCGCGAGCUUGAUGGCGAAGAAGGAGGCUGGCAAGCGUGUUGUUAUCAACAAGGGAGCGAAUAGAGGACCAAUGGUUGGCUCGAAGGCGUCCUCUAUUAGGAAGAGCAUUCAGAAGCGACGGAAAGGAAAGAAGCUUAGGUGGAAUAUUCAGUACUGUUUCUUCCUACAUUGUUUGCCCCCCCCAUCGAGUCUUAUGCGGGCUGGGGUUAAAGAUGAUAGAAGACGAUUGGCUCCUGAGGCUCCGAGAGCUGGAGUCGGCGGUCCAGUGGUUGAGUAUGCAGCGUUUAGUCAGACUGGGAGGAUACCAGUGAACCCUCAUAAAGUGAAUCAGGAUUCUCAUUGGGCUGUCGAGGAUCGAGCUCUGCACUGUUCAUUUUUCGGUGUAGCUGAUGGACACGGUGAGAACGGCCAUAAGGUUAGUGGUUUGAUCAGUCGACAGCUCCCAGAGUCUCUGAUGAGAGAGCUGGCUCGGACGGGUGUGAGCACCCGGAAGGCGUUAGAGAGGGCAUUCAGGAAGACCAAUCAGACGGUGCUGAGUGCGGAUGUGAUCGUGACACCUGGUCGUGUCACCAUCAGUGGACAUAGUUGCUCAACAUACAAACUUAUCGGCCCAUUGAAGCAUCCUGCCUUGUGUCAGGACGUCACACUCAGUGGGAGCGCAUGCAUCUCCGUAUUCGUCAAAGGCUCGAAAAUGUGCCGUGGGUCUGGUCUCGCUUCGCGUCCAUCCGUCACGGCGCUGCCUGGACCCUCCGAGUCGGCAGAUACUGUGCCAACGUUGGAGAUUCGCGAGCCGUACUUGGUCAGCGGUCUGGUGUUGGUCAUUGGAAUGCAGUUCCACUAUCGAAUGACCACAAACCUGACAGCCCUGGUGACCAGGUUAAUGAACUUUAUCGAGCUGCGUGGACUUGCGCGAACAGAUGAGCUCCGAAGAAUCACGAAGAUGGGUGGUCGCGUUGAGCCCUUCCGUAUAGGAGUCCUCGGGAUUCCCAUGGGGCCGAGCCGAGUGUGGCUGAAGAAUCAGGUCAACUGA